AAAAUGUUAAGAACAUUACAAAGUUCCAAAAUUGCAGAAAAAAAAGCUCUUCAAGAAGCACAAGCCAAUCUUUCAGAAUCUAGUUGUAAGUUGGAUCUUUUACGACAAUCACUUGAACACCGUCGCCAAGAGCUUCCAGCUAAUUCAACAACAGCUAUCCAAUUAGUACGAGAAUUACAAAGCGCUCAAUCCGCUAGUCCAACUCCAAAUCAUGCUUAUGUCAGCUUACAGCCAUUCCUAAAAACAGAAAGAAAUGUGAUACCAGAAAAAGCUACUGUAUCGAGGUGUGCUGCGGUUACUGGUAAACUUGAAGUUAGGUUAAUGGGAUGUCAAGAUUUGCUUGAAGAAGUUCCAGGUAGAUCAAGACGAGAAAAAGACAAUCCUGGAGAUUUGAGAUCUUUUGUAAAAGGGGUAACUGGGCGUAGUUCUAGUAAAUCAUACAAUAUUAAAGAUGAAAUUAGUAAUGAAAUCAUGGCUGUUAUUAAAUUAGAUAAUCAAACUGUUGGUCAAACUAGUUGGCGACCAUGUUCUCAACAAGCAUGGGACCAAAGAUUUUCUAUUGACUUGGAUAAAUCUCGAGAGCUUGAGAUUGGUAUAUAUUGGAGAGAUUGGCGAUCAUUGUGUGCCAUUAAAUUUCUUCGAUUAGAAGAAUUUAUUGAUGAUAUUCGACAUGGUAUGGCUUUACAAUUGGAACCACAAGGACUUCUUUUUGCAGAGAUUAAAUUUUUAAAUCCUAUGAUAUCACGUCAACCUCGUUUACGAAGACAACGUAAAAUAUUUAAGCAGCAAGCUAAAAACUUCCCUAGAGCUAAUCAAAUGAACAUCAAUAUAGCUGCUUGGAGUCGACUUCUUAAAAGAUCAUCACCUUCAAUUCAAAACUCACCAUUAGUUCCUGCACAGCAACACUCAAGAUCACAUUCACAUUCUGACAGCUCUACAGAUGGCGGUGAUACAAGACUCGAAGAAAAAUGUACACCUGGUGAAACACCUGAACCAAUUAACACUUGUGGAUUGGCUGGUGCACGUCCAUUAGGUUUAGGGGUUGCAGUUCUACCACCAUUGCCACCCACUAUCACUGAACAGCGAAAUAUAUCUACGGGAUCUCCCACAUUCCUACCUUCAACAGUUAUAGCUGCAAAUAAGAGAAUACCAGCUGUACCAACCGUGCCACCUCCAAGGCCACCUCGACAAUUAGAUCAAGAGCUGCAGAAUGCGUUGAAGGAAUUUGACUUUUUACAUGACGACGAGCAACAGACAUUACCACCAGUUCAUAGGAGACAUGUUAUGACAAUGUCUGUGAGCAUAGAAAGUGUUGGAAGUUCAACUUUGGGAACACCGCAGCCGUCUCCUCUUGUAGAGUUUCCCCAGGACGAGUCACCACUAUUUAGUCAWCCUGUUUCUCGUGUACUCGAUUACCGGGAAAAUGAACCAAAAGCAUAUCAUUUUACAACAUCUAAUAACGUGCAACCAGCAGAAUCUAAUAAAACCACAUUAUCAUCUAGUGCUUUCAAAUUUUCUCAAAUGUCAAUGGAUGACUUUAGACUGCUGAGUGUAUUGGGUAGAGGUCACUUUGGAAAGGUAAUUUUGUGUCAACAUAAAAAUUCUAGUGAAUAUUUUGCUAUAAAAGCACUGAAAAAAGGUGAUAUAAUUGCCCGUGAUGAAGUUGAAUCAUUGUUGUCCGAAAAAAGAAUAUUUGAAGUUGCAAAUGAUAUUCGACAUCCAUUCCUUGUUAAUUUAUUUGCUUGCUUCCAAACUGAUGCUCAUGUUUGCUUUGUAAUGGAGUAUGCUGCUGGUGGUGAUUUAAUGAUGCAUAUACACGCUGAUGUGUUUACAGAACCGAGGGCAGUGUUUUAUGCUGCUUGUGUCGUUUUAGGAUUACAGUAUUUACAUGAGAACAGUAUAAUUUAUCGCGAUUUGAAAUUAGAUAACUUAUUAUUGGAUACUGAUGGGUAUGUGAAAAUUGCCGAUUUUGGAUUGUGCAAAGAAGGUAUGGGAUAUGGUGAUCGAACUGGUACAUUUUGCGGAACACCYGAGUUUUUAGCACCAGAAGUUCUCACUGAAACGUCAUAUACACGUAGUGUUGAUUGGUGGGGCCUUGGAGUCCUCAUAUUUGAAAUGCUUGUUGGAGAGUCACCAUUCCCAGGUGAUGACGAAGAAGAAGUAUUUGAUUCUAUUGUGAAUGAUGAAGUUCGGUAUCCCAGGUUCUUGUCAUUGGAAGCAAUUGCGAUUAUGCGAAGACUUUUACGCAAAAAUCCGGAACGAAGAUUAGGAUCAAGUGAAAGAGAUGCAGAAGAUGUGAAAAAACAGGCAUUUUUCAGACAAGUUGUUUGGGAUGAUUUGUUACAAAGAAAAGUUAAACCACCAUUUGUACCUACAGUUAAUUCUGUUGAAGAUGUAAGUAACUUCGAUGAAGAAUUUACUUCUGAAAAACCACAACUAACUCCACCCAAAGAUCCAAGACUGUUAAAUGAUGAUGAACAACAGUUAUUUAAAGAUUUUACAUAUACAGCUGACUGGUUUUAACAGGGUUACAUAAAAAAAAACUUUUUUUCAUUUUUAAUUGAUAUUUGUAUUAUAAUCGAUCAAAUUAUAAUAGCUAAAGCUAGCUAAUCAUAUAGUUUAGAUGCGAUUUAAGUUAUUAUUAUUUAUUAUGUAUUUGUUCGUUUAUUUUUYUUUUGCGGACAUUUUUCCAAAAUGAUUGUGAUUUAUAUUUUAAGUUGGAAAACUUGACACAACAAUGCUGCUCAGAUUAAAUUUCUUUCACAAAUAGUUACCACACAAAUCUUUUAAAUAGAAAAGUCUAACCAUUCAUAGAAAAAAUUCUCUCAAUAUUGAAUAAAAAAAACAAUUUGAUGACUAAUUUUUAACUACCACUAUUUAGAAUGUAAGGUAUUUAGAUAUGUUGUAAAAUUUUAAAACUGUUUUUUUAUAAAUUUAGUGUUAAAGUUUAUAUACAAAUAACUUUAUAAUUUUGUG